AUGACUGAAACGACUAACAAAGCAGUCAAGAAAAUUGAAUUCGAACCAAUUUUACCCGACUCGGGAAUUCUAUUUUACGAAGAAUGUCCAUCAGAGUAUGAAAUUGAGCGGCCUAUAUUACUUCCAUUGAAAUCUCCAACUCAAAUACGUUUUGAAGUACUACAACAAGAAGCCGUACAAGUGUGGAAAGAAAGACAGAAGACGUCAAAGAAAAACUAG